UCUGUGGUACUAGUGAUCUCCCCUCCCUGGCUGCAAGGCAUCACUCUCUCUCCAGUACAUUUCUGCAGAAGGAAUAAUAAUGGUACAAUCGUUGAAGUCCUGCAAAGUUGCAAUUUGAAUAUUUCAAAUUUCUUCAGCAACGAGGGUGUAAAAUCAAAAACAAACAAUAUGGCUGCCUUAAUAUCCGAAAACCUGAAAUUCUUCGCCCUAUUUUUUAAAAGCAAAGAUGUUAUGAUUUUUAAUGGACUAAUUGCACUGGGAACAGUGGGAAGUCAGGAGUUAUUUUCUGUAGUGGCGUUUCACUGCCCUUGUUCUCCAGAAAGGAACUAUUUAUAUGGAUUAGCUGCAAUUGGAGUCCCAGCUCUUGUGCUAUUUCUAAUUGGCAUAAUACUAAAUAACAACACAUGGAAUAUGGUGGCAGAAUGUCGAACAAGGGCGCUAAAGAACUGCUCUGUGCCGGCCACAUCAUUACUUUUUGGGUCCAUUAUAGGCCGAGCAGCGGUGGCUCCUAUCACAUGGUCUGUGAUCUCACUGCUCCGUGGUGAAGCCUAUGUGUGCUCCAUGAGUGAGUUCCUGAAAGUCACCUCAUUUCAUAACUUCCCGCUUGGGUAUGGACCUGACACUAUGGCUCGAUUCCCUUGCAAAGAUACGCCAGCAGAAGUCAUCGCCUUUAAAGAAGAAGUGAUAAGAAGACUAAAGUAUGAAUCUCAGUUCCUUGGUUGGAUGCUGAUUGCGAUAGUGGCAUCUUCAAUAUUUCUACUCAAGUGUGUCCAACAUUGCUCUUCACCUUUAAGCCAUCACCAGCAAGCGUAUUGGAAUCAGUAUCGCACCUGUGAGAAAGAUCUCUUCAAUCGCACGUCUGAAGUCCACGCUAAGAUUCUCGCUGCUAAUAAUGUAAAACAGUUUUUUGGUUUUGUCUCAUUGGACAAAGAAGAGAAGGAGCUUAUUAACGAGUACAAAGUGAGUGAGGAGCAACCAAGCCCACAGUGGAAUGAGAUAACAGGAGUUUAUCUGUACCGGGAAAACAAAGGAUACCCGUUGUAUAGCCGCCUUCAUAAAUGGGCCAAACACAUUGUUGGCAACGGCACAGAACCUGUAAGCCGGGAAAUGGCGCUUCUUGCCGUUUAAGAUUCUAUAAGGAUAUUACAUUUGACAAGAAAUUAUUAGAAUACCAGUUCUGCAGACAGCAUGAUUGUAGGCAAAUGGGUUGCUGUACUAAAGCGGUAGUCAAUUGAAAUGUUGUUCCUCUUUAACAGUGGUCCGUAGACAUUUUUGAUACACAGGCUAGGUUAUAAUUCUUUUAUAAAACCACUUUACUUUUUUCUCCCCUUUAAUAUGUUCGCAAUUAUCAAUUUUGCUGGAGUGUAUUAAAAUGUUUACAAUUAGCCCCCUCGCCUUUAUUUUGUUAACUGAAGUAGUGCCUGUUGAAGCUGCUGUCUAUACAAUACUGCACGAUUUUCUAUAGAAAAGCUUUGUAAACAAGAGACAGCAGCAGCAAUCAACCUCUCAGUGUGGGUGGGAGAGAGAGACCCCAGCCCAUUUGAAAGCAUGUUUCUGUUUUAGCUUUGAAUACAAUGAACUAUCAGCUGUGUGCCUCAAUACAAUGUCCCUUUAAUGUCUUGCUUUAGUGUUUUUGUGUAAACAUCUGAAAAUAUAAAAAUAAUAUUAAAUGUUUGCUUGUAUUUUAACAUGUAUCAUAUUGAUUAAAGGGACACUAAACCCAAAUUUUUUCUUUCAUGAUUCAGCUAGAUCAUGCAAUUUUAAGCAACUUUCUAAUUUACUCCUAUUAUCAAUUUUUCUUUGUUCUCAUGUUAUCUUCAUUUGAAAAAACAGUAAUGAAAGGUUAGGAGCCGGCCCAUUUUUAGUUCAGGACCUGGGUAGCACUUCCUGAUUGGAUUGCUACAUUUAGCACAAAUCAGCAAGUGCUACCCAGGUGCUGAGCAAAAAAUGGUCUGGCUCUAAAGCUUACAGUACUUCUUUUUCAAAUCAAGAUAGCAUGAGAACAAAGAAAAAUUGAUAAUAGAAAUACAUUAGAAAGGUGCUUAAAAUCUCAUGCUCUAUUUGAAUCAUGAAAGAAAAAAAUUGGGUUUAGUAUCCCUUUAAAGGGAUAGGAAAGUCAAAAUUAAACUUGCAGGAUUCAGAUAGAGCAUUUAAUUUUAAGCCACUUUUACAUUCACUUUUAUUUUCAAAUGUGCUUCUUUCUCUUGCUAUACCAAGCUUGAAAAGACUACUCACAUAUCCUACACUAGUGGGAACUAGCUGGUGAUUGGUGCCUGCACAUAUUUGUCUCUUGUGAUUGGCUAACUAGAUGUGUUCACCUUGCUGUCAGUAAUACAAUGCUGUUCCUUCAGCAAAGGAUAACAAGAUAAUGAAGCAAAUUUGAUAAUAAAAGUAAAUUGGAAAGUUGUUUAAAAUGAUAUGUUCUAUCCAAACCAUGAAAGAACAUUUUGGGGUUUCCUGUCCCUUUAACUUUCUAGCUGCCAAAAAAGGCAAAACAUUUCAAACCACCUUGGCAAACAAGGAGUUACUGGGAAUUUAAAUAUGUAAAAGAAAUGGCGAUAUUUUAGCACCACCGUAAUGAUUUUAACAUUUUAUUGCAAUUCUUAAAAAAUGUCUGUUUGUGAGGGUAUUUGAAUUUGAGAUUAAAGGGACACUAAACCCAACAAUUUUCUUUCAUGAUUCAAGUAGAGAAUACAAUUUUAAACAACAUUCCAAUUUACUUCUAUUGUCUAAUUUGCUUCAAUCUUUAGAUAUCCUUUGUUGAAGAAAUAGCAAUGCACAUGGGUGAGCCAAUCACACAAGGCAUCUAUGUGCAGCAACCAAUCAACAGCUACUGGGCCUAUCUAGAUAUGCUUUUCAGCAAAGUAUAUCAAGAGAAUGAAGCAAAUUAGAUAAUAGAAGUAAAUUAGAAAGUUGUUUAAAAUUGCAUGCUCUUUCUAAAUCAUGAAAGAAAAAAUUUGGGUUUCAUGUCCCUUUAAGAUUGGAUUUCCUUACGCACUUCGGAUCUUGUAACAUAACAGACUGAUUGGUGUGAAUGCACCACACUUCAUUUUGACUAAUCACAUGCAAUGUGUACUCACAAAUCCAUAUCUUCAUAUGUUUCAUGGUUGGCUCUAAAUGCAAUUAUAAAAAAACAAUGACACAGAAAUCGGAACAGAUUCAUAGAAGUAAACAUGUUUAUAACAGUUAUAACUUAUAAUAGGACCAAAUAAUCCUCAUUUGUUUUUUACACUUUUGUAUUUCUUUAAAAUGUUUGUUAUAAUUCAUUAUCCUUUUUUUUUCUUAAACUAAAAAAAACAAAAACAAACAGAUUUGGUAUAUUGUUACGAUUUUAUGAUCUUUUCUUAUGUCAAUAUCUUUCACGUGCAUCUUUAUUGGGUUCCUUUGUUAAUUUGUAUGAAAUGUCUUAGAGAGAAUUUGCAACAACAAUUUUGAAGGGACUUCCCAGACAAAAUUGCAAGAUACUUCAGUGCGUUUUAGUUUUGGUUCUAAGUAUUUUUGCAAUGGAGUUUUAUUAGCAGAAGUUAUCACUGUUUUCCGUUAUAGAUUGUAUGUACUGUGCAUGCGCACGUGAAGCAUAUCUAAGCAUGCUUCAUGCAUCAGCAUUUUAAACACUGUGUCUGGUCAGAGAGCUGGCAGUGACUUGUAUGCUGUAAAUUCAGUCAUACCAACACAAUGCAAGACGCCUACCGUUCUCUGAUGAGAUAGGCUUGUGAAUAGAGCAUAUCUAGAUAUGUUUAAUUGUAUGUGCACAGUAAAAGCUUUACUUGAAAGCAUUUUUGCUAGUGCAAAUAUAUUGCAAAAAUGCAUUGAGUUUUGUCUGGAAUGUCCUUUUUAGAUCAUCUUAAAGGAAUAUUAAAAAAUCAAAAAUUAAACAUGCAUGAUUUAGAUAGAGCAUGUCAGUUUAAGAGACUUUUCAAUUUACUUCAAAUUUACUUUGUUCUUUUGAUAUCCUUUGUUAAAAAGCACAUCUAGGGAAGCUCAGGAGCAGCAAUGCACUACUGGGAGUUUGCUGCUGAUUGACUGUUACACGCCCAGAGACAGAACUUUUUUUUCACUUUCUGCGCUGAGAUUUUUUUAGUGAAAAAUGUUUCUGCAGGUCAUUUUUAAAUAAAAUAAAAUUGUAAAUUUGUCAGUUACACUAAAGCACCAGAUCAAUUGCAAUGUGUUGGUUAACUUGAGAAUAAAGCAAUAUUUAAAGUUUUAUAAUCUAGUGCAGUAGUUGAAAAUUGCAUUGCAGAUUAGCUGCAGACAAAAAAAGUAAUUGUAAAAUGUCUCUUGAAUUAAUUGGUUUCCUUUUCACUUAGUCUAACAUAGAAAUGGAGUAAUAAAGGUGCAUUGCUCAUACGAACAUCUUACAUUCAGAGAAAAACAGCUUCGCAGACUGUGAAAAGCUAGGGAACGAGCUUGCAAAAAUCUCAGAGCCAGACAAAAAUCAAUGCACUGCUGCAAUGCAGCACUACUGCAUAUUUGACUGUUGUCUUCAAACAGCAUUUUGCUCUGAAUGCACUGUGUUAAGGAAAACUUAUACAAUGCAGCCAGAGAACAGCUCUGUUUAAAAAGAACAGCCUAAUGUGGAGCAGCACUGAGAAGAUAAAGUGCUAACAGUUUUUGUUCUUUCUGCAGACAUGCUGCAUUUUCUGCGAUGACAUCUCAGAUUACUCUGUGUUCUGCCUUGGGGGUUACACGUUUCUCUUGUCGUUGGCUCACAGUAGUGCAUUGCGGGAGUUGAAUCACAUUGUUACAAUGAAACAAGCAUACAAUAAUAAUAUGAUCUAACACAUCAUUUUCUUUUUGCCCUUUUUACACCACUUUAAAGGGAACAUAAAACUCAAAAUGUUUAAAAUUGUAUGAUCCAUCUGAAUCACGAAAUAAACAACUUUCCAAAGUA